AUGACUUCAACAAAGGCCAAGGCCGACAAGCCCGUCAACAUGAUGGACGAUCGCCACGACCCUGAGGCUGCCGACGAUGUCGAGAUCUCUCAGCAGAAGCAGCUUGCCGCCCAGGGCAAUGCCCACUUCCACCGUCUGGGCUGGAAGCGUCUCGCCAUUGUCACCAUUGUCGAGGCCGUCGCCCUCGGCGCUCUCAGUCUGCCUUCAGCUUACCACACCCUGGGCAUGUUCCCCGGUGUCUUCCUCACAAUUACUCUCGGCCUUGUCUCCAUUUACACCAGUUACCUGGUCGGUCAGGUCAAGCUUAAGUUCCCUCACAUCACCUCCUACGCCGAUGCCGGACGCCUUCUGCUCGGUCGCUUUGGCUACGAGCUUUUCGGUCUCGCUCUUAUUCUCGAGCUUGUCAUGGUUGUCGGAUCGCACGCUUUGACUGGCAGCAUUGCGCUGAUCGACAUCAACGGUGGACACGUCUGCUCCAUCGUCUUCUCCGCUGUUUCUGCCAUCAUUCUGUUCAUCCUCGCCAUCCCCCCAUCUUUCACCGAAGUCGCUAUUCUUGGAUAUAUCGAUUUCGUUUCUAUUCUCGCCGCCAUUGGUAUUACCGUUAUUGCCACCGGUAUUCAGGCUAGCGACUCGACUGGUGGACUUUCUGGUGUUGAGUGGUCUGCCUGGCCCAAGGAAAACCUUAGCUUCGCCGAGGGUUUUGUCGCCGUCAGUAACAUUAUUUUCGCCUUCAGUUUCGCCAUUGGUCAAUUCUCCUUCAUGGACGAGAUGCACACCCCAACCGAUUAUAUGAAGUCCAUCUACGCCUCGUGCUUCAUGCAGAUCUCCAUCUACACUCUGACUGGAGCCCUUUGCUACGCUUUUAUCGGACCCUCCGUCCAGUCGCCUGCCCUGCUAUCAGCUGGACCACUUGUGUCCAAGAUCGCCUUCGGAGUCGCCCUGCCCGUUAUCUUCAUCUCAGGUUCGAUCAAUUCAACCGUUGCGCUUCGAUAUCUUCAUGGACGUAUGUUCAAGGACUCCAUCCUUCGAUAUGUUAACACCCCCAUGGGCUGGGUCAGCUGGAUCUCCCUCGCGGCCGUCUUCACCAUCAUCGCUUGGGUCAUUGCCGAGGCUAUCCCCAUCUUCUCCGACUUGCUCUCUCUGGCUUCGGCCCUCUUCGUGUCCGGCUUCUCUUUCUGGAUUCCUGGUGUGAUGUGGUUUGUCUUGCUCUGUGAGGGCAAGUGGUUCGAGAAGAAGAACCUGCUUUUCAGCUUGGGAGCUAUCCUCGCCUUCAUCAUUGGUAUUGUUACCCUUGGUGCUGGCACUUAUGCUACUAUUAAGGAUAUUAUUGAUGUUACAAGUGCUGGCGAUGCCCACUCUCCAUUUGCUUGCCGAUCAAGCUAG